AGACAGACUGUUGUAGUCUGUUCUGCACAUUCACAUUGUUCUUUUAAUCAUGGCUGAUCUCCUGCUGCUAGUCGUUUUCAUGUAUUCUUUUCAGACAAUUAAAGCACAAGAUCUUCGUCCACCUAAACUGACAGUGAGCCCGCUGAUGAUCACAGAGACAGACUCAGUUACGCUGGACUGUCAGAAUCCUCUUCCUAUCUCUCAGUGUUAUUUCAGCAUUUCAGGAUUUAAUACUGAUAAAACAGCUCCUUGUUUGUGGACUCUGACAGGAUCUGAAUUUCUGUCAUUGACACAUGAAAGUUCACCUGUUACAAUUGAAGUGACCUGUUAUUACCUUUUAGCAUAUAAAUCUCCAAUGAGUUUAAUGUCACCAAUCACCAUACAACCUCCUCGGCCUGAACUGACAGUGAAUCCACGGAAGAUCAUAGAAACAGACUCAGUCACAGUGAACUGUCAGACUCCAUCAUCUGUUCCUGUGACUCGGUGUUUUUUGUACUUUGUGAGAAGCAGAAACUCUACGUCCAUCUCCUGUCAGCAGAGAAUUGAUGGAACUGAGCUCCUCUCUAUGGCAGAGCAGAGCUCAUCUGGUGAGGUUGAAGUCACAUGUUUUUACAUGACAGAGCGUAAAGGAAGACAAUACCAGUCUCCUCACAGUAACAUAUCUUCAAUCAACAUACAAAUUACUCGACCUGAACUGACAGUGAAUCACGGAUGA